AUGGUUUCAAUCCGUAUCUUAGUUCUAAUUGGUGCUGUAUUAGGUGUUAUUCCAAUCGCUUUGGGGAUUGUGGCGCUCGUUACUACUAAAUGGAUCUCAAGUCCAUCGGGUCUUACCUCCAGUAUUAUCAUAUGUAGCGAAGAGAGCCUAUGUCUACAAGCACCCGAAGCUACAAUAACGAAAGGUAUAGAAAUAGCUGGCGUUGGUGCAAUAGUAGUUGGCGUGAUUCUUUCAGUUAUACUUGGCAUGUGGACGGAAAAUGUAUUGCUGUUACUGUUACCACAGAUUUUUCUGAUUGCGGGACCGAUUCUAAUUCUUAUUGGCUUUCUUUUGUAUGCGAAAUAUCUAUUCGGAAUGAUCAUGCAAACUUCAGUGGAUUUGGGCUAUAGUUUCAUAUUGAUGAUCGCCGCUUGUAUUGUUGGUUUCAUUACGGCCAUAUACUUUGCAUUUGUUGCUGGCUCUUCUCGUUCUCGAAAUGAAAACUAUAGCGAUACUGACAGUUAUGAUUCUCGUAAUUCAAAAAGUGUUAGUGUUGUUUAUAGUCAACGAUUUUAA